CGGAGGUGUGGGGUAUAAAAAGUCGGUGUGCGCAGGGAGUGUGGUAGACCUCCAGCUGCCAACUCCUGGCGUCAGACUCCCGAAGCGAACCAAGCCGCGACAAUGGCAGAGGAUUGGGGCAAACAGGUGUACGCCGCCCGGAGGUACCACGAGGACACGACCCGGGGAGCUGCGUUUACGUACACCAAUUCCAACAACACCAGAGAUCCUUUUGAGGGCCCAAACUACCACAUUGCCCCACGCUGGGUCUACAACCUGUCCACAGCCUGGAUGCUCUUCGUGGUGGUGGCUUCUGUCUUCACUAAUGGCUUAGUUCUGGUUGCUACGGCGAAGUUCAAAAAGCUACGUCACCCUUUGAACUGGAUCUUGGUGAAUCUGGCCAUAGCAGAUCUGGGAGAAACCGUUUUCGCCUCCACCAUCUCCGUUUGUAACCAGUUUUUCGGUUACUUCAUCCUCGGACACCCCAUGUGUAUCUUUGAAGGCUACACUGUCUCUGUCUGUGGUAUCACAGCGCUGUGGUCUCUGGCCAUCAUCUCGUGGGAGCGCUGGGUGGUUGUGUGCAAACCUUUUGGAAACGUCAAGUUUGAUGCUAAAUGGGCCUCGGGCGGAAUCAUCUUCUCCUGGGCCUGGGCCUCGUUCUGGUGUGCCCCGCCCAUUUUCGGAUGGAGCAGGUACUGGCCCCAUGGUCUGAAAACGUCGUGUGGUCCAGAUGUUUUCAGUGGCAGCGAGGACCCAGGCGUGUGGUCGUAUAUGAUCACUCUGAUGGUCACCUGCUGCUUCCUUCCUCUGUCCAUCAUCAUCCUCUGCUACAUCGCAGUGUGGUGGGCUAUUCACUCGGUGGCUAUGCAGCAGAAGGAGUCAGAGUCGACCCAGAAGGCGGAGAAGGAGGUGUCUCGUAUGGUGGUGGUGAUGAUCCUGGCAUUCUGUCUGUGCUGGGGGCCAUACACAGUCUUCGCCUGCUUUGCCGCAGCCAACCCGGGUUACUCCUUCCACCCGCUCGCUGCCGCUGUGCCCGCGUACUUCGCUAAGAGUGCUACUAUAUACAACCCUGUCAUUUACGUCUUUAUGAACAGACAGUUCCGUUCUUGCAUUAUGCAGUUGUUUGGGAAGGAGGUGGAAGACAGUUCAGAAGUGUCCACCUCAAAGACAGAAGUGUCGUCAGUGUCACCGUCUUAACCCACACAACCUUUGACCUGUUGAUCUGUUGACCUCAUGACCUUAUGACCUCUGCUCCGAAACUCCGUCCGUUGUACAGAACACUCACAGCAAAAUGAAAACCACAAAAAUAUUGCACUUUUAUCGUCUUAAAGUGUUUUUUAGUAAAUAGCUUUUGGCAA